UAAUUUAACAAAAGCAAAAAGAUUCAAAUAAAGAAGAAGCGAGAAGGAAGAAAGCGGAUUCACUUUGGCCAUGGAUGACAAUGAAGCUCCCAUUUUCGAACCAGAUUUAAUUAGAGCCAUUUUCAAGCACAUUUGGAUAAAAAAAGCUCAAGAGCGUGAAAGGAACGGAUUCCCAAACACUGAGGCCGGAGAUUCCGAGGUUGGAGCUGGAACAUCAAAGAAGAAUCGACCUACUUCCGCUAAUACAAAUGCCUUGAAGCUGAGUUGUGAACUUCUUCGGAUUUUUAUCACAGAGGCUAUUCAGCGAGCUGGUACAAUUGCUGAAGCUGAGGGUAGUACCAUGAUUGAACCAACUCAUUUAGAAAGGAUUCUUCCUCAAUUACUUCUGGAUUUUUAAGGGGUUCAGCUCGCUAACUAAUUCGUUGGAACUGACAGACAUCAAUGCAGUAUCUCUACAUCAGCUUGUAGGUAGUAUUAUCGUAUUGUUUAUUGAUUGUGUAGUGGACAAGUAGACUUUAUUGGCCUAGUGGUAAUUUAGUAUCAAGUAUAUCUUCCAAGUGUUUUAUUCCUAUGAACUUACUACAGUAUUUAUGGCUUAAUAUGACCGAGGUCGAUUUUAGUUGACAUGACAUUUGAUUACACAGUGGUGAACCUAAGUAAUUGUUUUGAUAUAUUGAUAGUGUACAGAUCGUGUUCUUGAUCUCAUCACGCUACCUUUUCUGUUUUCAUUCAUGAAAAGGGUUUACAGAUGAACCUGGGUUCACAGGUAAAAAAGAACGGACCGGCCAGUUCAACCAGGUAGAGACGGUUGAACAAUAUAUUAUACUGGAAAAUUGACAAACUGACAAACGAUUAAUAAUCGGUAAAACCAGAUUCUUGGUGUCGACUUCUUUAAACUAAAAAAUAUGGACUGUUUAUUUUAUUUUAUUUUAUGUUGUGGACCUGUUUAACUCAAUUUUAAGGUGAUUUUAUAACCCAAAAUUUUAACUAAAUUUGAUUAAUUUGUGCAAUAAUAAUAAUGGAAUUGGUUUCUUGUUAAUAUAAAUUCUCUUUGAAUUUUACCUUUUCAAUGCUUGAAAAGCAAAGCUUUUCUUAAAGGAGAGGGAGCUAAUGAGAAAUUCUGUUCAUGUCAUGAUCGGGAACGUUAUUUGCUGCUUUUGUCGGCCAGAAGAAAUGAUUGAUUUAAUAUGUCAUAUUCCCAUGGGAUUAGCACCAUUAUUUUCAAGAUACGGCCGAUUUUGCACCAAAGAAGAACAUGUUUCACCAUGGUAUUGCUCCCCCAUUGGCGACCCAUAUGUUCCGAUUCAACAUUUUCGAGUUGUUCCCUUUACAACAACAAAUAUGUAAAUUUGACCCUUGAGAUUUCUAAUUUAGGUGCACAACCCAAAAGCCAGAUAGAUUAUAUUUCUUACAAGCAUUACAAUUACAGUUACAAAGCAUAAGGAUCAUAUGCUGGAAAGAGAAAACAUGUAGCAUAAACUAAAAUUUAUUCAAAUAUUCUUGAUCUUCUUGCAUCAUCGUGAUCUGACAUUAAUUAUUGGCUUGACCUUCGCUCUUGAUUUGAGACAACAUGCAUCUCACAUCCUUGCUACUAGGCCUCUCCUUUGGAUCAUCCAAAGUACAAAAGUAGGCGAUUUUCAGGACCAAAACAAUCUGUU